AUGCUGCUGACAAGUGACAUAUUUCCAAGGCAAGACUUCGAAUCGAUUCGAUUACAAUGUCGACAAGAGAAUAAACUUUUCGAUGACUCUCUCUUCCCGGCCCAAGUUGAAUCAUUGUCAAAUAAUUACCAAAACCUGAUUCCAUCUUGGCGUGAUAUCACGUGGAACCGGCCGGGAGAGAUUGUCGAUGAUCCUCAGUUCAUUGUCAACGGAAUCAAACGUACAGAUCCGAAUCAAGGUGAUCUAGGUAACUGCUGGUUUAUCGCAGCGAUGAGUGCAUUAACACAGAAUAAUCUUGUCUUGAAUCGAGUCAUUCCACCGGAUCAAUCUUUUUCCAAAGAUUGGUAUGCUGGUAUAUUUCAUUUUCGUUUCUGGCGGUAUCAAAACUGGUAUGAUGUUGUUAUUGACGAUCGUUUACCUUAUCUGAAAAGGCAAAAACGUCUUUGGAGUGCGAGAAAUCUCUUUGAAAUCAAUGAAUUUUGGGUUUCAUUACUUGAAAAGGCCUAUGCGAAACUCAACGGCUGCUACACGAACUUAGCCGGCGGUCUUCCUGUCAAUGCUCUGACAGAUUUCACCGGUGGAAUUGAACAGCGGUUUGAAUUCAAAACGAAUUUAUCGCAGACAAAUCUUCGAUCCGAGGAGCUGUUCGAUUUUAUUCGAUCUUGUAUUGACUAUGGUUCACUGAUCGCUUGUUCGAUUAAUGCGGACAGAAGACAAGUCGAAAGUAUUCUUCCCAACGGUCUCGUCGUUGGUCAUACGUAUUCGAUAACCAAUUAUCAUGUUCUCCCAAUAAUCUAUGAUGAGAAUCAAUCGAAAACGAGUGAUCGCGGUUUGAUACGCUUUCGUAAUCCUUGGGGAAAUGAUAUAGAAUGGAAUGGUAAAUGGUCGGAUGCCGAUUCUAUUUGGAAUCUACUCGAUGAAAACACACGAACAAGGUUAAGUAUAAAAAAGCAACACGACGGAGAAUUCUGGAUGUCAUUCAAUGAUUUUUACAAGGAAUUCGAUGUCAUGGAAGUUUGCCACAUUAGUCCAGAUACCUAUGAUGAAUUCGGGUUGACAGCUCAAGAUUCGAAACAUCACUGGCGAAUGUGGUACGUUCUCGGAUCAUGGCGUGCAGGAGAAAAUAGCGGCGGCUCAUGUGCCACGUUCGGGUGUCGUCAUGGAUGUUACUAUUGGCGUAAUCCCCAGUUUCUCAUUGAAUUAACUGUCAAUCGUUCGUUGAGUUCCGAUAGAUUAUGUAUGAUGAUCAUUGCAUUAAUGCAAAAGCCAAUAAAGAAGAGUGCCAAUGAAGAGUACAUACAAAUUCGAUUAUUCCGAAUCAAACCUAAUGUGAAGAUAUGUGAAAAGAAAGUCUAUAAGCCCGAUGAAGUCGAACGUAUCGCAUCAACAGGACCUUAUGUCAAUCGACGAGAAGUUUCGUUGCUUUUAAAAACUACAACUGGAGCCUACUUGAUCAUCCCUAGUAUGGCUGAUGUGGAUCAUAACUGCGAUUUUCUACUUCGAAUCUUCUCCCAAGACACGACGCUCGGUCGAACGUUCGUCAACGUCUUCGCUGAUCCUAAUCACGAAGAUUUAGUUCGACGAAAUCUCACUCAACAACAAACAAUCUCCGAUCAAUCACCUCUCAAUAUUUUCUUCAGUUCCACACAGUCGAACGAAUAUGCUCAAUCCACCGAUCACGAUCGAAAAUAUGUCGAUUUCGAGAGUCUGGCUUCAAUACAAAUCUGUUUUACAAAAACUGUACUAUACCAUGUAUAUAUUUUCUCUGUCUUAUGGUCAUUCAAAUGGACGCAUCAAUGUUUAGGCUUAGUUGGAGUUAUUAGUGACAUCGAAUGUCGACCAUCGGACAUUCAGUUAUACAGUUGGUCGGGAGCCGACUUUAAAUCAGGGGAAUGUUGGCAUCAAGGUCAUCGAUUUGCCCAUGGUGCUAUGUGGGGUCGGACAGAUACACCGGGAUCUCCUUAUUGUGUUUGUGAACAGGGUAAAGUACGUCUGUUCUAUAGUCAACAAUCGCUGAUACCUGCUGAUCAAUUGACUAUUCUUCGACCAACGAAUACGAAUGGAUCACCAACCGCGAAAGAUUUAGCGAAAUGGCCGAUUGCGAACUAUCCGAGCGUGCGACAACGGGUCGUUGUUUGCAGAACCGAUCGAGUCGGUAUACGGAUUCGAUCGCGAGAUGGAUGUACGGGAUGUAAAUGUACGAAAAACGGACAUUGGAUAUGUAAAAAAGCAUUACCAUUGAAUCAAACUCGUCUGAUGACUCAUCAAUCACAACAAAUACGAAGAGAUUCUUUUCCUAAAGCAAAGCGACUUGACCGUCGUGUGUCGACUGUUCGUUUGCAACCGGAAUGUUCAUCGGGUGUUACACCGAAACUUUGCAUCCUAAUCGAACGUGUCUCUUCAGCAAACACCAGUGAAAAACUCAGUCGUUACAUUGAAAUACCACGUGAAACAUCAUGGAUGGACCAGAAUUCGUGUACUCGAUGUUCGUGUACGUUGGAUGGUAUAUUAAAAUGUGAACGUCUUCAUGACAGAUGCCAUCGCCCUUGCUUUCUACGAAAGACACGUCCGGUAUCAGUGAUGUACUAUUUCCCAUCAGGCUCCAAAUGGUUAACACCACCGAAUCAUAAAUGUCGUUCGUGUUCAUGUGUAAAUGGUCAAAGAAAAUGUUUUAAUUGUGAUCAAGUGCUUCAAAUCGAUGUCGGAACGAAGUUUAGUCUUCACUCUCAAGAACGCUCAGCAGCUAUUGGUGAAUAUCGCUUACUAUCAGUCUUAACCAAAGCAGCGCCAUGUGUUCUACAGACUAGUGUCAACUCACAUCGACUAAUCUAUCCAGGACAACAGAUAUGGUUCGAACAACGAUGUUAUUUUUGUUCGAAGAAUAAUGCUCGUUUGAUAAUAUGUUGA